ACACGAAAUCAGAAAGAAAGAAGAAAAACAAGAAAACACAAAUCAAACAAUGGCGGUGAAGAAGAAACUCUCAUGGCGAUCAUUAGUCGCCGGCUGUUUAGGAGAUCCAGAAACCAUAAUGGCACCUUCAGAAAAACCCAAGAGAAAAGAUGACGUCAUCAAGAAACAGAGCUCGUUUCAAAGACUGUCGAUUCUUGAUUUGAGCAACCCGAGUUCGAAUACUUUGUCAGAAGAUCUAUCGAUUUCUCUCGCCGGAUCGGAUCUUCACAAAUUCACCCUCGCCGAGCUUAAAGUCAUUACACAGAGCUUUUCCUCGACCAACUUCCUCGGUGAAGGAGGGUUUGGUCCUGUUCAUAAAGGAUUCGUCGAUGAUAAGCUUCGUCCUGGUCUUAAAGCUCAACCUGUCGCUGUAAAAUUGCUCGAUCUUGAAGGUCUUCAAGGUCACCGUGAAUGGCUGACAGAAGUCAUGUUUCUUGGACAACUAAAGCACAAAAAUCUUGUGAAAUUGAUCGGAUAUUGCUGCGAGGAAGAACAUAGGACUCUUGUUUAUGAGUUUAUGCCUCGUGGAAGCUUAGAGAAUCAGCUUUUUAGAAGAUAUUCGGCGUCGCUUCCAUGGUCGACGAGGAUGAAAAUCGCUCACGGAGCGGCAACAGGUCUCCAAUUUCUCCACGAAGCAGAAAAUCCCGUCAUCUAUCGGGAUUUCAAAGCUUCCAAUAUCUUGUUAGAUUCUGAUUACACAGCUAAGCUCUCUGACUUUGGGUUAGCCAAAGACGGACCAGAAGGAGACGACACGCACGUUUCAACGCGCGUGAUGGGCACGCAAGGCUAUGCAGCUCCUGAAUACAUAAUGACUGGCCAUCUAACGGCGAGGAGCGACGUGUACAGUUUUGGAGUUGUGCUGCUUGAGCUUUUGACCGGACGGAGAUCGGUUGACAAGAAAAGAUCUUCGAGGGAACAGAACCUUGUGGAUUGGGCUCGUCCAAUGCUCAACGAUGCUCGUAAACUUUGUCGAAUCAUGGACCCGAGGCUUGAAGGUCAGUACUCAGAGAUAGCAGCAAAGAAAGCAGCAUCUUUGGCUUACCUAUGCUUAAGCCAUCGACCCAAGAACCGGCCUUGUAUGAGUGCUGUCGUCUCUAUUCUUAACGAUCUUAAGGACUAUAAUGACAUUCCCAUGGGGACAUUCACUUACACGGUUCCAAACACUCCCGAGAAGUCAGACAAUAGAGAUGAGGAAGGCCGUCGUAAGGAAGUUAAUAAGCCUCGUAAGAGUCAUCAUCAUCGAGAAAGUAAUCAUCUCCGGUUGUCUCCGACUGCGGCGAAGUCUCCAACGGCUAAGUCGCCGACGGCUAAGUCGCCAGGCGGAGGAAACCACCGGAGAACUUUGAGAAAUGGAUUGAAUUCGCCUUUGAGAAGUGAGGUAGGUGGGGAACGGUACUAAGUUUCCUGGUCUUACCUACUCUUGAAUCAUUAUUUUUUAAAAUCCAUUGUAAAUAGUUAAUAGUUUUAGUCUUUGGUUUGUAAAAAUAUAUAUUUAUUUUUGUGAAGAAAAUGUUAGAUGGUCUUUUCGUUGAGGCUAAAAUAUUGAUAUGUCUUUUUUUU